CUAGUAAAGAGGGGAGGGCUGAAGGAAGAGAUUGGGAAGGGAGAAGGCGAAGAAGAGCCGGGAGCCCUAGGGGAAGGGAGAUCCGAGACCAGGCGAAAGGGCGGAGCAGGGGGCGGGCCCCCGGCGGAGGGUGACAUAAAGCGACGGCACGAGCGGGCGGCCCCAGAACGAGCCGCGCUCCCAGCCCUCGCCUCCCUGCCGGUCGGCUCCCCGCGCCCCCUCCCCUCCUCUGCUCCGCGCAGUCUCUCCGUCUCCGGCAUGAAGGGCCCGGGGACGGUGCUCCGGGAGGGUGCGCUGGAGAAGCGCAGCGCCAGCCUGUUCCAGCUGUGGAAGAAGAAGCUGGUGGUGCUGAGCACCGACCGCCUGAGCCUGUUCCCCGACGGCCCGGCGGCGGCCCGGCGCGGCGCGCGGCCCAAGGAGCUGCGCUUCCACUCCAUCCUCAAGGUGGACUGCGUGGAGCGCACCGGCAAGCACGUCUACUUCACCAUCGUCACCCGGGACCGCAAGGAGAUCGACUUCCGCUGCCCGGACGCCAGCUGCUGGAACGCCUCCAUCACCAUGGCGCUCAUCGACUUCCAGAACCAGCGGGCCAUCGAGGACUUCAGGAGUCGCCAGGAGCUGGAGCGCGAGCGGGAGCGCGAGCAGGCGGGGCCGCCCGAGCUCCUCCUGGCCCGCGCGCCCUGAGCCGCACAGCCGUCGGCCCACCGAUGGACGGGCCCAGAGCCUACUUGCUGGACCUCGAUGGGGACCUUGUCUUGCACUGAAGGGCCCUCGGGAGCGCCCGCGACGGAAGAGGUGCUGAAGUCUGAGAGCCAGAUCUCCCCGCUGGCGGGGGGAGCCUCGCCCCGACGUCCCGGCUCGGCUGCCUUGGCCUCCGCCCGCCAAAGACUUCCCCGGCGGGCCUCGGAGCCGAGCGGCUGCCAGCCUCCGCUUAAGUUAUUGGUGCCCUCUAUGUAUCCGUGUCUAUGUAUGUGUGUGCGCGUGCGCGCUGCUAUUUAUUGCCAGGACCCUCGGCUUGGGUCCUUUUUUCACGCCUCCAUUCCAAAUAAACCACUUGAAAUGGGCCUUUUUUACUAG